AUGCAUGAAGGAACUGGAAAUGCGCUGCAGAGGAAAACUACAUUUUUCAUUGCAGAUAUCCUGGAUCCAUCCAAAUUUAACGGGAGACAUCAGGAGACAAAAAGAGAAAACGACAAGACGACAGCCAUGAACUCUCCUUCCAGAAAAGACGCAAAGGCUGCGAACAUCCGCGCCGGAUCCGAAGCAAAGGUGAAGUCAAAGCGCAUCCGCACCGCGUUCACACUGGAUCAGUUGCGCGUCCUGGAGCGCAGUUUCCAGAACAGUCACUAUCUGUCCGUGUUUGAGCGCCACGGGAUCGCCGCUGCUCUCUGUCUGUCCGAAACCCAGGUCAAAAUCUGGUUUCAAAACAGACGCACUAAAUGGAAGAAGGAACGCGAUGGCCAUGGAGGAGAAGAGCAGAGCUAUUGCGCACCUCCAGCUUUUACGCAAAACGCUUUUCUGUAUGCACAUGCGGGACAUCGCGCAAACCCUGUCCAUUACUACGCACAGCCGACCCUUCUGAUGUUUUAA